GAGGGACGCUCCCGCACCUCCUGCACACCUCCAGCUCGUCGCAGGAGGAGGGCCCCAGGCUCCGUUCUCCACCUCCUCUCACUGCUCCCUGCGAGCCAGGGGAAGGCUGCGGAGAGUUCCUACCACCGCUGGCCUUCUUUUUAUGUUGUCUGCAGGGGGAAAGAGGGCGACGGACAACUCGGUGCUGGGGAACUGACCUCUGGCUCGGCGGGCCCCUGGGGAGGGAGAGCAGAGGAGUGGCUGGGGCUGGGGGACUCCAUGCGGGGGCCAUGGACAGAGCGGCGCUCCUGGGACUGUCGCGCCUGUGCGCGCUGUGGGCAGCCCUGCUCGCGCUGUUCCCCUGCGGAGCCCAAGGAAAUUGGAUGUGGUUGGGCAUCGCCUCCUUUGGGGUUCCGGAGAAGCUGGGCUGCGCCAACUUGCCGCUGAACAGCCGCCAGAAGGAGCUGUGCAAGAAGAAACCGUACCUGCUGCCGAGCAUCGGAGAGGGCGCGCGGCUGGGCAUUCAGGAGUGCAGGAGCCAGUUCAGACACGAGAGGUGGAACUGCCUGGUCACCGCCGCCGCCACGCCGGGCACCAGCCCCCUUUUUGGCUACGAGCUGAGCAGCGGCACCAAGGAAACAGCAUUUAUUUAUGCUGUGAUGGCAGCAGGCCUGGUGCAUUCUGUGACCAGGUCUUGCAGUGCAGGCAACAUGACCGAGUGCUCCUGUGACACCACCUUACAGAACGGCGGUUCAGCAAGCGAAGGCUGGCACUGGGGGGGCUGCUCAGAUGAUGUCCAGUAUGGCAUGUGGUUCAGCAGAAAGUUCCUAGAUUUCCCCAUCAGAAACACUACAGGAAAAGAAAGCAAAGUACUUUUAGCAAUGAACCUGCACAACAACGAAGCUGGAAGGCAGGCUGUCGCCAAGUUGAUGUCCGUGGAUUGCCGAUGUCACGGAGUUUCCGGCUCCUGCGCUGUGAAAACGUGCUGGAAAACUAUGUCUUCUUUCGAAAAGAUUGGCCACUUGUUGAAGGAUAAGUACGAAAACAGUGUCCAAAUCUCCGACAAAAUAAAGAGGAAAAUGCGCAGAAGAGACAAAGAUCAGAGGAAAAUACCCAUUGGCAAGGAUGAACUCCUCUACGUUAAUAAGUCUCCCAAUUACUGCGUCGAGGAUAAGAAACGAGGGAUCCCCGGGACCCAAGGCAGAGAAUGCAACCGCACGUCGGAGGGCGCGGACGGCUGCAACCUCCUUUGCUGCGGCCGAGGCUACAACACCCACGUGGUCAGGCACGUGGAGAGGUGCGAGUGCAAGUUUAUUUGGUGCUGCUACGUCCGCUGCAGGAGGUGUGAAAGCAUGACUGACGUCCACACUUGCAAGUAGCCCCUCCGGCCAGCCUCUCACCGUGCAGGCCUGGUGAAGCUGACCCCUGCCUCCUCUAAGUCCCAGACCCUGGCGCUUGGCGCUGAGCUCCCUUUACCCAACGGAUAGUAGAUCACUCACAGAGCGCGUGGAUUUGGGGGGAGGAAGGAGCAGAGUUGACAAGGAUUGGGUUCAUUUUUUGUUGGUUUAGAAAUAUAUAUUGACACACCAGGAAGAUCAUCUGACUCCUGAACAAGAAAGAAAAGGAAGGAGACUUCACCCGGGAAGACCUGGUCCAUAUUCAGGAUAAGAUCCUGGAUUGUGGAACUCAGCUAUGGAACUCAGCAGUAGUGGGUGAAUAUGAGGCAUUUUUGAAAUAUGCUCUUCUAGCAGCAAGGAACAGUAAACAGAAUCUCAUUUAUUCUCUCACCAUUUUAGAUGAAGAAAUCAUAGGGUUCGCGCAAAGAAACAGAUGCUGGAAAGUUAACAGAAGUACUGGUUGCUUAGUUUCCCUUUCAUGCAUUUCAAAAGAAGGGCAAUUACAACGAAUUUCCCUUAGUGAUACUGUGUGCCUAGAAAGUGUUUGCUAGAGAUGUUUAGUGACAAAAGGGAAGAAUCUAAACGUAAAAAGUAAAAUGUAUGGUUUGGAUUUUAAGUGCCUUUUAACUAGGAGAAUUUAUCUAGAAAAAUUUCAGUCAGAUAUACAGCACUUUUUCUAUCCUUGGCUUCAUUUUUUAAAAAAUUUAAAUUCAAGUUAGUUAACAUAUAGUGUUGUUGGUUUUGUUCUUUAAUGAUAGACCUGUUGCUACUUUUAAAACCCCAGCUCAGAAAUAAUGGGGAAGAGAGGGAUCUUAAGAGCAGGUGGGGAAAUUAAAGGUAAAAACAUAAAGGGCUCUCAUACAUUGUAAGGGGAAGCACCCUUUAAAAGUGUAAAAAUAGUAUUUUGUAUAGUAUUUUGCUAAAAAAAAGUUAUAUAUUUUGUAAAUACAGUAUUUAAGUUAUAUGAUAUAUAUUGAAACUUAAGACACUUAUUGCCAAAGCACAAGAGCAAGGGCAAUAAAAUUAUCUCAGAAAUAAGAUUAACUUCUGUUUCUUUCCAUACCUUUUUUAAACGUUGAAAAGAAGUUAAUUGAGUAGUUAGUUAUAUGGAUGUGUUUUUCUUGUCAAAAUGACAAUUUUAGAUGUUAUAGGUUAAAAUAUGCUGCAAAAUAUUGAGAAUUUUGUUAUUUCAGCAGAUUAGUUAAGUUCUGCUUUUAAUUAGUUAUGUUUAACUUGUAAGGUUAUUAUAAUAAAUUAUGCAGUAAAAGUGUUAACUGGUAAGAGAAUCUAAAUCAAAAUAAUGAUCAAUUUGUGGAUUUGAUAUCCUGGAUAUUUAUUAUAUUGUAUGUAAUGCUGCAUUUCCAUGUGAAUGUUGAAUGGUCUCUCUAACUUUAGUAUCCACGCAUGUAUAUUCAUCAUAUUUUACAAGGUUCCUGGUAGAAAUUACAGGGCUAUAUUUAAGGUUGUUUAUAAAUGUAGAUGCUUAUGUUUUUUAUGAAUUGUUAAACAUUUCAGUAUUAUAUAGGGAAAAAUUUCUAAAUUCAGAAAGGACAAAGAAAGAAUAUUCUUUUUCUUAUUAUAAAGAAAUGUUUCCUUGUCCACAGGUCUCAUUCUUUUGCCUUUUCAUUUUAUUUACCAAGGCAGAACAAUAAUUAGUGAAAAAAGAGAAAACCCAUGGAAAACAUCUCAGGCAUGCGUAAUAUUAAAUUCAAGGCAAAGCAUUUAAUUGUGGCCCUUAAAGUCUAACAAAAAAAAUUCUUUAUUAAUGAGAAAUUCAGAAAUGAUAGUUGAAUAAUUGUAGUACUUAUUUAAAAGAGUGGUUUACCAAUCUAGCAUCCCCUGAGAGACACUUAUUCUCAUGUCUUUUUUUUUGGCACAGCAAAUCUGUUUUGUCUGCAUUGAAAAUAAGCAAUCUCUCUCUUUUUUUUAAGAUAAAGAAUAGUUCCCAUUAACAACCGAUUUCUUCUAUUAACUAGACAUCUUUUUCGUAAUUACCUUACCAACCAAUUGGAAGAACCAGACAGAUGCUAAUUCCCAAAUACCCGAUUACUAUUGAGCUGUUGCUGAAGAAGACCAUGAUGCCAACUCAGACUCUCCUCUCUGGGAUGCCUGAGCAGGAACUCCUAAGACCCAAGCUGUGUCUCUCACUUUUUUCUUGUACUUCUCCUCCCUGGCUUCAACACGGAGGCCAUCCUUGGAUGUCUCCCCCGUUUUACUGACCGACAGCCUGGGCUUGUCUCAUUUUCCUCCCACUCCCCAUCAUGCUUGAGGUAGCACCAUGGAGCUCUGGGGGAUACAAGUUGUGGAGCCCAAGUGUUCCUAUCCAUUCUGGAUGAUUUUGCCUGUGUUACUUAGGUAUCUUCAUGUAACAAGUCACAGAAAAUGAAACUCAGACUGACAAACAUUGAAGGAAAUACACUGACUCCGUAACUGAAAGUCCAGAGUUGUGCCUGGUUCCUGUGAAGCUUGAUCAAAAAUCUCAAUGCUAUACUCCCUGUGGUUCAGGUCUUUCCAGCUCUAGCUGAAACAGCCUGGCUUCUGCAGUGUUGUCUUCUACUUCAGGCCCCACAUGGUGGGGUGGACGCUUCCCACCCCCAGUGGCCCCAGGCUCUCCUCUUUUCUUAGCAACAUGGCUGCCACAUGCCCCCCAGACCUCGCCUUCUCCUACCACUCAUUCUAAGGAAAGAGAGAGGUUCUUUUUUGGUUGCUCCCAUAGGAGAGAUGGAAAGCUUUGUUUUUUCCUUCUUCACAGAAUGCCCAGCAAAGGUCAUUCUGUGUCCCAUUGGCUCCAGUUGGUUAAUAUGUCCAUCCCUGAACCAAUCAGAAUGGCCAUUGGAAGCUGGGGUUCAGGGAUAAAUUCACUGAUCAUCUUAAGGUAAUGGAGACCCAGGCUGGCACCUGGCGGUGAGGUCACUUCUAACUAAACCCACAUAGCUUGAGAAUAGGGAAGUGGUGAAUCCACAGAGGAAAACCAGAGUUGAUGUUACCAUUAAAGUACCUGGGUGCUGGGCAGCAAAGACAUUAGAUGUUCUCAGCUCUAGUGAUGUGCUUCAAAAGCAGCUUUCUGGCAGCACGUGGGUCAGGCUUAGAGCGGGCACAAAGCAAGCUGUGGAUACAUGUAUAGGAUACAAAGUAUCUUCAGCUGUGGAUACAUGUAUAGGAUACAAAGUAUCUUCAUUUCUUUAAAUGCCCUUGAUGACCUUAAAAGGGGAGGGGAGGUGGAUCUGGUGUAUGAAUUUCACACUUAGGAGUUCAACUAUUUUGUAAAUUGGGGGCUGCCUAAUAGAGACAGUGGUAAGAGGCAAUGAUGAUUGUCUGAAAAUGCUACUGAGAAAAACCUGUUAAAUGGCAUUAUCUGUAACCUCUGGAUAAAUAAGUCUGCUGAUUGAAACAUUUCCCUGCUAGUAGUAUUUUACAAAACAUUAAAAACACUUUAAUUUGUUUGACUAUAAACAAUUGCAUUAUUUCCUUAUUCCCAGUCUGGAUGAUCAUUGUUUUUGUUCUGAAAGAAACUCUUGAUAGUUGUAUUUAGAAUAACAAUAGGAUUUUAUACAAGUUAGAUGCUAUGACCAUGUAUAUAUUUGCAGCUUUAUAAUUACGUGACAUAUCCCAUCGGUAUUUUACAGACACACUUUAGGGGCGGCCGGAUGGCUCAGA